GCCGCUUGGCUUCGGCGUCGGCGUCGCUCGCGCGCUGAGGUGCUAGGCCGGCGUCUCUCGGGGCGCGGGUCGAGUGCCGGCGGCGAGGAAGCUCUCGCCGCGCGGCGUCGACUGUGGCGUCACGGUCAUUGUGUCGUGACAGUGACGCCGGGAGUUGUUCCCGCGACAGCGAGUUCUCCCGCUUUAGCCCGGAGCUGGCUCUGCGGCUACCUGGCUGGUCGCUGGGAGCGCCCGACCUUUCUCUUCCUGGACCCUUCGCCAGCAGCGACCCUGAGCCAACAGCCGGCACCACCGGCAAUGGCGGCCUCGACGGCGUCGGACCGGCCCAUCAAGGGGAUCUUGAAGAACAAGUCCAAUGCGACUUCCUCGGUGGUGGCCUCGGCCGAAGAGCCCCGCCAGAGCGUCGAGGAGGAGCUGAGUAAAAAGUCCCAGAAGUGGGAUGAAAUGAAUAUCCUGGCAACCUAUCAUCCAGCCGACAAAGACUAUGGUUUAAUGAAAAUAGAUGAACCAAGCACUCCUUUCCAUAGAUUAGCUGCGGCUGAAGGCUCAGAGCCAAAGUAUCGGAUUCGGGAACAAGAAAGCAGUGGAGAGGAGGAUAAUGAUCUCUCACCAGAAGAGCAAGAAAAAAAGCGACAAUUUGAAAUGAAAAGGAAGCUUCACUACAAUGAAGGACUGAAUAUUAAGUUAGCUCGACAGUUAAUUUCAAAAGACCUAAAUGAUGAUGAGGAAGAUGAAGAAAUGUCAGAGACUGCAGAUGGAGAAAGCAUGAAUAUUGAAGAAUCGAAGCAAGGAUCUACUACAGGUGAUCAACGGCAAAACAAAUCCCAAAGUUCAUAGAAGAGCUUUGUUCUGCACUGCAGUUGUCAAAUACAAAUCCUGUUACUAUAAUAUACUGCUUAUUUUCUCCACAAUUCAUGACUUAAGUACCAAAAUACAUACGUUUAUUAUAUAUUGCCAAGAAUUAAAUGAUAACCUUAGAGACUGAUUAGACUGAAAAUGCCUAAUGAAUGCACACAUUCUUAUGCCUCAUACUUCACCACAAAUACAGUAUAAUGUCAUCCGUCCAAAACUGCUUUACUUUUGUAAGAACACUGGUUAAUUUGUAUGAGAUAUUAUAUAGCUUUUUAUGCGUUAGAAGUUAACGUCUUUUAGGGGGAGGGAAACUAAUUUAUUUUCAUCACUUGUAGAUGUGGUACCUCUUACAAAAAGUUUGUUGGGCUUUUUGUAUUUUAUCAAAAGCCAAUUGGAACAACAGGACAUAUAGGUUGAUAAAUACUCAGGCUUUAUAGAUAUUUUUAACAGUUGUCUUCAGUGUGAUUUGUGUGUUUGACUGAGAAGGAUUCCAAGAGUUACUGUUAUAUUUUCUGGUUACUACCUUCAAAAUUCCUGUUGAAUUUCUUUGUGCUUACAAGGAAAAGACUGAAAUUUUUCUCAUCAAAACUUAAAUAAAUUGCCAGGUUAAACUUGCA